GAGGAGGAGUCCGCGGCUUGUACUGAGCUGCCCUCUCCGUCUAUCAGCCAGCGCUGCUUCCUUCUCUCGGACGCGCUUGAGGUACCUCAAGCCGUUGCCUCCAGCCAACAGCCUCCCUCAGCUCCCAUGGCCGGACGCGGCGGGUUUCCCCUCACCCCGCCGCCCCCGGAGGGACUAUCGCCGGCUGUCUCGGUGGCGGCGGGCGUCCCUUCGCCAGCAGUUCCGGGACCGGGAAGCGGGCUUUUGCGAGGACCCAGUCCGGCCGGGGCCGGAUCGUAUCGGCCCCUGGGCCACGGAGCUCAGUUCCAACGCCCUGGAAUGCUGCCUGGUGGAAGGAUGCCUAUGGCGGGAUUACAAGUGGGAUCCACUUCAGGGCCUCUGUAUGGUACAGCCUCUCCACUGAGAUCUGGAAUGCCACAAUCCAUGAUGGAUCCCUUCCGAAAGCGCCUACUUGCUCCUCAGGCACAGCCACCUCCGGCACUUACACAAAGGCGAGGAUUGAAAAGGCGGAAGAUGGCUGACAAAAUCCUGCCACAGAGGAUUCGUGAGCUAGUCCCUGAAUCUCAAGCCUACAUGGACUUACUGGCCUUUGAACGCAAGCUGGACCAGACAAUUGCUCGCAAAAGAAUGGAAAUCCAAGAGGCCAUCAAGAAACCUUUGACGCAAAAGCGGAAGCUGCGCAUCUACAUCUCUAAUACUUUUACUCCUGGCAAAGAGGAGUCAGAGGGUGGCGAACGUAUAGCCUCAUGGGAACUUCGUGUGGAAGGCAAACUUCUUGAUGAUCCAAGUAAACAGAAGAGAAAAUUCUCAUCCUUUUUCAAGAGCCUGGUUAUUGAACUAGACAAAGAAUUAUAUGGACCAGACAAUCAUCUGGUGGAGUGGCACCGGAUGUCAACAACCCAAGAGACAGAUGGCUUUCAAGUCAAGCGCCCAGGUGAUGUGAAUGUGAAAUGCACUCUGCUUCUCAUGCUGGAUCAUCAGCCUCCUCAGUACAAGCUAGAUCCCCGUCUGGCUCGCCUGCUUGGUGUCCAUACACAGACUCGUGCCAGCAUAAUGCAGGCCCUGUGGCUCUAUAUCAAAUACAACAAACUUCAGGACUGUCAUGAGAAGGAAUACAUCAAUUGUAACCGCUACUUUCGCCAGAUCUUUGGCUGCAACCGUAUGAGAUUUUCUGAGAUCCCCAUGAAACUGGCAGGACUCUUACAACAUCCAGAUCCCAUUGUUAUCAAUCAUGUGAUCAGUGUGGACCCUAAUGAUCAAAAGAAAACGGCCUGCUAUGACAUUGAUGUGGAAGUGGAUGACCCCUUGAAAGCCCAAAUGAGCAACUUCUUGGCCUCCACCACUAACCAGCAGGAAAUUGCCUCCCUGGAUAUCAAGAUCCAUGAAACAAUUGAAUCUAUCAAUCAGUUGAAGACUCAGCGAGAUUUUAUGCUGAGUUUUAGUAAUAAUCCACAGGACUUUAUUCAGGAGUGGAUCAGAUCUCAACAGAGGGACUUGAAGAUCAUCACAGAUGUGGUUGGGAACCCAGAAGAAGAGAGACGGGCUGAAUUCUAUCAGCAACCAUGGAUGCAAGAGGCUGUUGGACGACACAUCUUUGCAAAGGUUCAACAGCGCAGACAAGAACUGGAACAAGUGCUUGGUGUUCGCCUUACUUAGUGCUGCCUUCUUUCUCAGUUCUUCCCCAUGUUCUGGUACUUUGGAGCAGACCGAUAGGCAGGCAGUCUUCUCCUUUCCCCUUGGAAGGUGGGGAAAAAUCUGCUGCCACUGCAUGUUCUCUGUGUUCAGUACUCCCUAGGGACUUGUACAAGGCCUCCUUUAGCAGAGAGGAGGGAGUUCUUCUCCCUCACCAGAACCUGCCCUUCAUGUGUGCUUUGCCUCUGGGACACUGGGAAUUUUUGUUUUGAGUUGCCUUCUACCUCUUAGCUGAGCCUUAGCAGUCUCUUGCAAUGCAGGAACCUGCUGCUCACUUUUAACCAAAGCUUGUCCAUUCCUGCCAGUUUUGCUGGCAUUUAAUCUUUGCACUAUCUCUUUUUUGUGGGGCUGGGGAGCAAAGCUUUGUUUCCUGUACAAAGGUUAAUGUAUGCUUGGUGGUGGUUUCUCUUCCACCCUAUGCAACUGAUGUUCCACAAUGUCAAAAGGGAGGGGCUUUGCUCAGAUGUUGCCCUACUGUUAAUGACAAUCAGUUCCCCUUAGUAAUGUAUGUAAGAACUAGGACAGUAGAGAAUAUGUUUUAUGGCAAGGUUACAGUGCCAGAAGAAAUAUUCCUGGGGCUGCCAGCCAAAGGAUAAGUAGUAAUUUCCUCAAACUUCUCAGGCCUCCUUCAAGUGCCUUCACUCUCCAAGCUUUUGGGCCCUUAGCACUUAAAUAUCUCAUAGAUUAUCUCCCCGCUUUCUGGCCUGCCCCUUGAUAUAGUUUGGCCAAGUAGAAGCUGAUGGGAUGUUUACUCAUAAACAAGGAUGUUACCAGUUUCUAUGUUUGUUUUUUUUAAAAUAAAAAUACAUUUAAGCAGCAA